AUGACCCUCCCAGACCUCUUGAUCCUCCCGGCCAACGGUUCGCGGUCGCUCCCGGUGUGGCCGCUCGACGCGAGCAGUUCCAGCUGGUCGUGGUCGCUGCCCAACCUCCUCCACCCGAUCGCCUGGCUGCUCUCGGCGCCACUGUACCUCUCCAUCCCGCUCGGCUUCGCCCUCCUCCUCUUCGCGAUCUACCUCUACGUCUUCCACUACCCGACGUGGUCGCUGAGCGGUGACUUUGGCAACCUCCCCGGUCCCGACGUCCCCACCAGCUGGUGGGAGGGCAACUGGGCCGACUUUAAGAACACACCCAACGAGGACGGCGCGGGUGCUGCUCUCCCUAUCGACUGGGUCGAGAAGUGGCACACGGGCCGCUUCCACUCCCACAUGGGCAGCCACAUGUUCUACACGACCGACCUGACGGCGCUCAACCACGUCCUCAACAACUCGCACCUCUUCCCCAAGCCCGACCGCUACUUCAACCUGCUCGGCAUCUUGGUCGGCCGUAACGGCCUCGCCGUGCUCUCCGGCGACGCCCACCGCCGCUGCCGCAAGGUCAUGAACCCGACCUUUAACGCGCCCGCCGUCCGCGCCAUGGUGCCCAUCUUCUACGACAAGGCCCAGGAGCUCCGCGACAAGUUUGUCUCCUUCUUCGACCCCGCCAACGACGGCCUCCUGACUUCCCGCAAGGCCCCCGACGCGUCAGAGCGUAUCCCCGGCACCCGCAAAGUCGAUGUCCAGACCUACAUGGGCGAGGUGGGCCUCGACUGCAUCGGUGCCGCAGGGUUCAGCUACAACAUUGGCGCUCCCCUCGACGCCCAGGCCAAGAUGACCAAGUACAACGCCGCCGUGGUCGAUGUCGGAAGGCGCCUCGUCAACGACAAGGUGUCGGCUCUCAACGCUGCCCUCCACACCGGUGUGGACCCCAAGACCGAGCUGGGGCGCGACGUGGUCUCCAACCUCAUCCUCGCCAACUCGGGUCCCAACGUUCCCGCCCACCUCAAGAUGAGCACCGACGACGUCGUCGACCAGAUCCGCACGCUGCUGUUCGCCGGCGCCGAGACCACCUCCGUAACCAUGUCGUACAUCCUCUACCGACUUGCGCGGCAUCCGGAGAUGCAGGCGCGCCUGCGCGAGGAGAUCAUGUCGAUCGACGACGACCAGCCUAGCCUUGAAACACUCAACAGCCUCACGUUCCUCGAGUACUUUGUGCGCGAGGUGCUCCGCCUCCACGCACCCGUGGGCAUCGCGCUGCGCGUCGCCGCGGAGGACACGCACAUCCCGCUCGGCAAGCCCAUCCGCGGGCGUGACGGCCGCAUGAUGGACUCGAUCAUGGUGCCCAAGGGCCAGGCAAUCUUCAUCCCAAUAGCCAACGUGAACGUCGACAAGACCAUCUGGGGGCCCGACGCGUCCGAGUUCAUCCCCGACCGCCAUGUACAGGAGCCAAAGGUCAAGGUGCCAGGCGUGUACGGCAACCUCAUGACGUUCCUCGGCGGCACGCGCAACUGCAUCGGAUACCGCUUCAGCCUCGCCGAGACAAAGGUCGUCAUCUUCACCCUCCUCCGCACGUUUGCGUUCGAGCCCCUCCCGUCCAACCCCCAGCAGCUGCGCAUGUCGGGGCUCGACCUGCGGUCGUACUCUGUCGGACAGGGGCUCGAGACGGCACCCGAGGUGCCGCUGCUCAUGCGCAUGGUCGAUGAGUAG